UAUACUCACUUGUAUACCCAAAGACUUCUGAUUUGGGGUUUUGCAUCAUCCUCACAAAACCCCAAAAUCACACAAGUGAAAUCCAAUGAAUCCCAAUCAACAUCAACAUCAACAUCGUUGAACCAGUGACCGACCAACCCUCUCUUGAUUCAAAUGGCAACGAAUAGAGAUGCGGCAGCAGAAUCUUCCAGUGUGAACAAAAUCGAAGUUUUCUGGCAUGAAGGAAUGCUCAAACACGAUACCGGCAAUGGAGUUUUUGACACAGGAAUUGACCCCGGUUUCUUAGACAUAUUGGAAAAACAUCCUGAAAACUCAGACAGAGUCAAAAACAUGGUUUCUAUCCUCAAAAGAGGUCCUAUCUCUCCUUAUGUUUCUUGGCACCUUGGUAGACAUGCUCUCAUCCCUGAGCUCCUUUCUUUUCACACUCCUGAGUACAUAAAUGAACUGGUAAAAGCUGAUAAAAAAGGGAGAAAGGUCCUUUGUGCCGGCACAUUCUUGAACCCUGGGUCGUGGGAUGCUGCACUUCUUGCCGCCGGGACUACACUGUCUUCGAUGAAGCAUUUGCUUGACGGACAUGGAAAAGUUGCUUAUGCUUUGGUUAGGCCACCCGGUCACCAUGCUCAACCUUCUCAGGCUGAUGGGUACUGUUUCCUUAACAACGCCGGUCUAGCAGUACAGCUAGCUUUAGAUUCUGGAUGUAAGAAAGUUGCAGUUAUAGAUAUUGAUGUUCAUUAUGGAAAUGGGACAGCAGAGGGAUUUUAUUCAUCUAAUAAAGUCCUUACCGUUUCUCUUCAUAUGAACCAUGGAUCAUGGGGGCCAUCUCAUCCGCAGAGUGGUUCUAUUGAUGAGCUAGGUGAUGGAGAAGGUUAUGGUUAUAACUUGAACAUACCUUUGCCAAAUGGAACUGGGGACAAUGGAUAUGUAUAUGCCUUCAAUGAGUUGGUUGUUCCAUCAAUCCAUAAAUUUGAGCCUGAUAUGAUCGUCUUGGUUGUAGGACAAGACUCAAGUGCAUUUGAUCCAAAUGGAAGGCAAUGCUUAACAAUGGAAGGCUACAGAGAAAUUGGGCGAAUAGUUCACGGUCUUGCGAUGAGACACAGUGAUGGACGACUUCUUAUUGUGCAGGAAGGUGGAUAUCAUGUAACAUAUUCGGCAUAUUGUUUACAUGCAACACUUGAAGGUGUCCUGAACCUACCAUUGCCUCUACUACAAGAUCCUGUUGCCUAUUAUCCGGAGGACAAGACGUUUUCUGUCAAAGUUAUAGAAGCCGUUCAAAAUUAUGUAACAGAUAAAAUGCCCUUGUGGAAAACAGAUUAACUUUUGAGAUAUAUACUUUCUCCAAAACCUUAUGUCGUUUGAAACUUUGAUAGUCAUAGGAAGUAAGGGAAGUUACAUGCAUCUCUGCUAAAAUAUGUUUAAAAAAAGCAUAAACUUCGUUUAUUUUAAAUGAACAUUCAACUUUAUUUGUUUGGAAAA